AUGGAUCUCUGCGGCCGUCAAAAGGUGGUUCGGCGUAAGAUGGUGCUACUAGGGGACGGCGCUUGCGGCAAGACCUCCGCUCUGAACGUCUUCACCAGAGGAUACUUUCCAACCGUUUAUGAGCCUACUGUAUUUGAAAACUAUGUGCAUGAUAUCUUCGUGGACAGUGUCCACAUGGAAUUGUCGCUGUGGGAUACCGCUGGCCAGGAAGAAUUUGACCGAUUGCGUGCGCUAUCAUAUGAGGACACACAUGUGAUUAUGCUUUGUUUUAGCGUUGACAGUCGGGAUUCGUUUGAGAACGUGGCGAGCAAAUGGAUCGAAGAGAUCUCGGAGAACUGCCCCAGCGUCAAACUGGUGCUCACUGCCCUCAAGUGUGACUUGAGGAAGGACGAGUUCCUCAAUGACAACCCGAAUGCGAUAACUUACGAAGAAGGACUAGCAAAGGCAAAGGAAAUCGGAGCAGUGAAAUACUUGGAGUGCUCCGCCGUACAAAAUCGUGGCAUCAUGGAGACAUUCUACGAAGCAGCAAAAGUCGCCCUGGAAGUCAAAGCCCAGGGCUCUAACGGAUCCGGGGAACGAUGUGUCAUUCUUUGAACCCCGCUGGCCGAUUUUUUUGACCUUCGAUCGUCGCAUUGCUCUGUUUCUAUACCCUUCUUGACAUGCUUGUUCUUCAGCCGCUGAACUGGAUCAUUUGCUGUGAACAUUCCAACCUGGGAAAUACUUGGGUCUUCCACCACAGGCAUCGAGGUACCAUGCUUCUGGGCGUUCCAGCCUGUCAUAUUCACCCUCCGUUCGCUUCUCUAUAUAUACUUGCUGCACCCUUUUUGUAAUCCUGUAUACCUAAUGUUUGCUUUGAAUCCGUCCUCCAGAAAAGCGCGCCAGUCGGAACCGUUGUGGCUGCACUAUCUUUAUUCAAUUGCUCGCUCUGGCCGAUCUUAGCAUCGAUGAUUUUGGUAUAGACCAUGCAAAUGUACCAUUCAUAAUGAACCAUCUUGGCUGCUC